AACGGCGCAGGAGAGCGAGAGAGGCGUUCGUUGAAUUGGCGGACAUUCGGUUUCAGUAUGGCUUCAGCUUUUGACAGGGCUGGUUAUCACUGGCGGAUCGUCGCGACCGUUUGAGCCUCGAUGAAAUACCGGCGUCGCAUAAUAACAAACCCGUAAUCAUAAUCAGCACGUUGUCAUCCGUCGCUGAACUGUGAAUUAUUAUAUCCUAUUCGUAAAUACGUCGUCGCCGUCGUCGUCGUCACGUGUGUCACACGGGUGUUGUUACGGUGGUGCGACCCUCCCCUCCUUCUCCCUCUUUUCCGUUCCUGCCUUCGUCAUCCCCUCGGUUUCCUUCUUUCUUUCUUUUUUUCUUUCUUUCUCUCUCUCUCUCUCUCUCUUCCUUUCGCAGAAGCGGCGUGAUUCUUUUUUCUUUUUUGUAAUGUUUGUUUAUGUUUUUUCGUUUGUUUUUUUUUCCUUCUUAACCUCUUACCGUAAUAUUCUGUGAAUAAACUUUUACGCAUAUUAUCGUUUCACGCCGAGGAGAGUAUCGAUGCCGGUUAAACAAGGUUCAGUGUGAUUAAAAAGCGUCUUCUUAUUUCCAUUUUUUUUUAAAUCUUCGAUUCGGAGUUUUUUUCUUUGCAUUCUCACUUACGUCAAAACCACGUACGAGUUGUCACGCUGACAGCCAAGGAGCCAAACAGGAGCGACAUGAGGCGGAAUGUGAAGAUAGUUAUACUCCUGUCAUGCGCUUGGAUGUCCGCCUUUGUUUACUACUAUCACACCACCAGGGACACUAAGGUAAGGCCGAAUCUCUUGGUAGCAAACUUCAAGAAUUCGAGCAGGUCCACAAUGCAGAACGAGAACAGAGCCCUACGCCUGAAGGAUCCGUCUUCGGUGGCUCUGAAUUCCGGGCUCGCAAAUUCGGCGUACGUCGAUUCGGUCGGAACGGCGAUUAUUCUGUCCUCUGAGCUGCUGCCGGCACCGACUCCGGAUCCUCGGGUUACCUGGAACUACUUCGACGAGCAGGGUUAUGUUUCGCGGGGUGGUCUUAGAGCCGGCGAGGAUCCUUACGCGAGGAAUAAAUUCAACCAGGAGGCUUCGGACGGACUGCCGAGCAACAGAGACAUUCCGGAUACCAGAAGCGCGAUGUGUCGAAUGAAACAAUGGAAACGAGACCUGCCGCCAACCUCGGUGAUUAUAACGUUUCACAACGAGGCGCGUUCUACCCUUCUCAGAACGGUAGUCAGUGUGCUCAACAGAAGCCCCGAGCAUCUGAUCAAGGAGAUCAUUUUGGUCGACGACUUUAGUGACCAUCCUGAGGACGGUGAGGAAUUGUCAAGGAUCCACAAAGUGCGGGUUAUCAGAAACGAGAAGCGAGAGGGUCUUAUGAGGUCGCGAGUCAGAGGGGCGGAUGCUGCGACAGCCAGCGUUCUCACUUUCCUCGACUCUCAUUGCGAGUGCAAUGCUGAUUGGCUCGAACCCCUCCUCGAAAGGGUCGCCGAAGACCCGACGAGGGUCGUUUGCCCCGUCAUCGACGUCAUCAGUAUGGAUACCUUCCAGUAUAUCGGGGCAUCGGCCGAUCUGAGAGGUGGAUUCGAUUGGAGUCUGGUAUUCAAGUGGGAAUACUUGAGUCAAGUGGAGCGUCAAGCGAGGCAGAAGGAUCCGACCUCGUCUAUCCGGACGCCGAUGAUCGCCGGAGGACUAUUUGUCAUCAACAAAGCGUACUUUGAAACUCUGGGAAAAUACGACACCCAAAUGGACGUAUGGGGCGGAGAAAAUCUUGAAAUAUCGUUCCGCGUGUGGCAGUGCGGUGGCAGCUUGGAAAUCAUACCGUGUUCAAGAGUUGGCCACGUAUUCCGGAAACGACAUCCGUACUCCUUCCCUGGAGGAAGCGGGAACGUAUUCGCAAGGAACACCCGUCGCGCAGCUGAAGUAUGGAUGGACGAUUACAAACAAUACUAUUACAACGCCGUUCCACUAGCGAGAAACAUACCCUACGGAAACAUUCAAGAUCGGUUGGACCUAAAACACAAGCUUCACUGCAAACCGUUCAGUUGGUACCUCAAGAACGUUUAUCCAGAGCUUACAAUACCCACCAGUGAAGGCGGACCAGGAGGUUCUUUGAAACAAGGAUCGACGUGCAUGGACAGUAUGGGACAUCUCCUUGACGGAAACGUGGGUCUCUAUCCCUGUCACGACACUGGUGGCAAUCAGGAAUGGGGCUUAACGAAGGAUGGUUUAAUAAAGCACCACGACCUCUGCCUGACGUUACCGGCAUACGCUAAAGGAACAACACUCUUGAUGCAAAUAUGUGACGGAAGUGAGAAUCAGAAAUGGCGUCACUUGGAGGGUGGCCUGAUACGUCACACACGAAUACCAGUCUGCGUAGAUUCCAGGCAUCACGCGCAGCGAGGUAUAACUGCAGAAAAGUGCGACUCGCGUGCAGAGACACAAAGAUGGCAUCUCUACAAUCACAAUCAUUAGCCUGGACUGGAGCUCUAAUUAAUUCAUUAUAGUUUACUAUUUUAAGGUAUAAGACGAAAUGAUAAUGUGUGCGUCCGAUAAUGAAAUUAUCAACUCCCGUAUAAUACAUAUGGCACUAAAGAAUUAUUAUAACACGCUGAAGGGCUUGCAGUUAUUAUUUUAUUGUCUCACUGCUAAAAACGGAGUGACGUGAAAACUGCUGUUGAAUGUAAUACAAGUUACCUGCCGUAGUAGUUCUCCUUCUUUAAACCAAACUUCAACUCUUAAAUGGAGUGUCUUAAAAUACUCAAGCUAAAUUAGGUGUAAUAACUUUCAUUUGAAGGAAGCGAAUAAUUUUUAUAAAUAUGAAUAAAAAUAUUAAGCAAUUUGAUCAUAUUUUAUAAGCGAAAAGACAUUUUAUAUUCGCAAGGUAAAUUGCCUUUUUAGAAAAAUCAAUUUAUUGUCUAGCAAACAUCUCUUUUGCAGCAACAAUAUUAUUUCAAUGUGAUAAGGAGAAUGUAGAUGUAACCAGUUCUCUAUUCAAGCUGAUGAGCUACAGAGUUCAUCUUGACUAUAUACGAAAAAUAAUUGUUUAAAUCUUCACCCAAUGUACUAUUUAUACAAAAAAAAUUAUAACGGGAAAAGUAAAAUUAUUUACAUUCCAAAAAUAACGGUUAGAGUUUAUUGAAGAACUCAGCUACGGUCCGACCUCUCGAUAGUUCCGGGCGGGUAUGAAAUCGGAAGAGUUUUUCUAUGAAUCGGUGUUCCCCCAAUAUCUAUCCACCUUCGCGCUCGCCGGCGAGACUUUUGCACCUAACUCUCGAUAGUUUCGAUCGCUCUUUUACUUCGGAAUACGAAUGAAAAAAAUAUUCGACUGACUAAACUACCGAGAAGUAGGUAUACGAAAUCGGAGCUUGCAGCUCAUCUUCUGAGAAGUGGAGGAAAUAGUUCGCGGAUAAAACUUGGGAAGCGGAACUAUUGACAGAGGUACUAUCGAGAGGUCAGACUGUAUUGUGUAAUUGUUACGACAAAUGAUUUUAGUGUAACUUUCUGUGUUAAGGCUAGAAUCACUAAUGGAUAAUGCAUAAGAGUAUUUUGCCCAGAUACAAUCUCAAUUUUGAUUAUACCAAAUCAAAAGUGAUUUAGUUUAAAGCCGCGAUAUUUGCUAUUCAAUUUUAGUCUAAUAUUUACGUUGUAUCGUCGGUUCUUUGGCCGUUAAUUACUAAUAUCUGUGACUCACUUAUAGGUGAAUAAAUGAUGAUAUCAAAAAAAUAUCGGGAAAACUGUUGGACUCAGCGCGUAAGGGAUGUACGCGUAUAUAUAAUAGCAGCUUAAAAUGAUUAAAGUAUUAGCCAUUGAUACAUUUAAUACGAGAGACGAUUUUUUAGAAAAUGUUUUUCACGAAAACGGGUAACAGAAAAACUAUGUUGUAUUCGAUCUGAAGAAACUUAUACCCCCAUUCAAUAAUUUCAUCAUUAAUUUUGAAAUAUGAUCAAUGUUGCUGAGAGUGCCAAAACGAAGUUUAAGAUGAAAGAACAAAACUUGAAUAAAAAGUAAAUAACUGCCGUCAAGUUACGAAUUGGGUAUUUAGAAUCAGACAAUUACAAUCGAUUUACCGAUAAACAUUGAAAAAUACGAACGUAAUAGCGAAAAGGGAAGUAUAAAGAAAAUACAAUCUUCGAAACGAUUGGAGUAUCAAAGAUGUAAAUAUAUUUCAUGAUAUUAUUAAUAUAACUAUUAUAAUGGAUUGCUUAAUUAUAAUAAGAUUAUAAUUUUUGAACUGUGAUUACAUUGCGAGUUCAGAAGUGCGUCACGAUAAUAUCUGCGUCAGAUAGGCAUCGUGAUGUAUGUUUGUUAAGGAUUCGUGAACAAUUAUUUUGUAUCUCAUGAUUUUCCAAAUCUAAACAGUCGACGAGCAAUUGAAUUGUACCCGUUGUAAGACCAACGAUAAGUAUGCCAAAAUCUAGCGUUGGUUGAUUUCGAAUAGUUGAUUGAAAAAAGUUUUUGUAAAAAUCUAAAUAUCGUCUGCGUUUAGGGAAAAAAAAUUUAUCUGUCAAGUACAAGGUGGACGUAAAUUGAAAUUUUUAUUCAAUUUAACCACGCCUAGUAGUCAAAAUUUGUAAAUGUUGUUGUCCGUCAAUAUCACAAUUUACUUAUUGAUCACAAAUGUUUAUUUAAAUUGAAAUUUUUCUCUUCGUUUAAAUUAGUACAGGCGAUGUACUGUAUUUUGACUUGGUUGUGCAAAUGGGUAUAGGUAAUUAUGAUAAAACAAUUAUGAUAUUUAGUCGAUAAGAGAAUCAGCAACAGCAAUAUGAAACGAUACAAACUAAGUAUUCUUUUGUAAUAACUCCUAGCUUGUUCCUUGCUGUUACGUAUUAACAGCAGUGCUGGUAUAAGUUUACGUAAGCUUUUGCAUCAUGAACCUAUCACUUCUGCAUUAGAUCGUCAUUAAACUGAUGGAAAAUUCAGUCGGGAUACCAAUCAUGUCAAAAAUUUUUACGAUGAGAUUGGUUCAAGCACGUAGGAUAUAAGAAAUUUAUUAUAUAUAACAUAUUAUAACAUAAUAUAAUAUUAGGCACUUUUUGGCGAGCACUGGUAUAGCAACCAAAGUGUACCAAAAGGUACCAAACGCAUUUUCUACACUUGAGUCUUCUUCCCAAUAUUUCGCGCCUUUAACUACGAACAAAACAAACCAGAGCGUUUUAGUGUGACGUUAUACUUGACCAGAGUUAAGCUCCGCCCAUACCAGAAGCAACGACGAUUUAUACCACUGGUUUAUACCACUGUAUUCGCCGAAAAAUGCCUAUUAUACUUGCGUUAUAGUAGGUAAGACGGCAAUUCGGUAUCGAUCUUUAAUCCGUUUCUGAUGUCCCCGGUAAUUAAAAUGAAGGCUUUCGUUAAAUCUGGUCGUUUUCGUCUGCGAAUAUACUGCAGACUAUACAAUAAACAUACUAAGUUAUACGUAUAAUGAAUAUCAUAAAUACGUACUGUAAAUAAUAGUUAUAUUAUUAUUAUUAAUUAUCUAAAUAUAAAUGAUAUAAAAACGUCGUACUUCCGCAAUUUUAGGCUGUAAGAUAAAAUGUGACAUAAAUUAAUUGAUUAAUCAGUUACAUAGGAAGUUAACAGUCAAUGAUAAUGUGUAUGUAACCAAUCCAUUUAAAUAGACCCGCCACUUGAUUUCUGUGAAUAACGAAUAUGGAUGGAUUAUAAAUGAAGAAUAACACUUGUACGAGUAAAAUGACACAAUGACAGAGAAAUGGUCGAAGUAGUAAUAAAAAAAGAAACAAAAAAAAAAACGAGCGACGAUACUUAGAGAUUGACAAUAAUGAAAAAAAUUUGGCGUACUUCAAAUGAACUUUGUAUAACAAAAACGAAAAAAAAAAAAAACUUUUUAAACCUACGUACUCAUCAAAUUGUCGGGAUUAUCAUUCAAUUAUAAAGUUCUACCGGCUAAAAAAUCAUA